GGAACGGACAGGUUACCCGAGGUGUCCGCGCGAUUCAGCUCUCUCAAGUGUUUGCGAGCCAUAACAAGAAGAAACAUUGUCUGUGGUGCUGAAGAGAGUGUAUCAUGUGCUAGAUCUUUCGUGCUGUGAAGAUAUCGAAACUUCUACAAUGAAGCUGUUGGUGAUAGCUGUGUUGGUGACUGCAUGUGCAGGUCGGCCCGAUGACCUGUCAUGGGACUUCAGUGAAUGGCAGCCAAUCCUUUCCCCAUGCCCGUCAUGCCGCCAGGGCCGUGUGCUUCAGGCCGCUCCCGUAAUACCCAUAAAGUUACCGAAAUCCACGAAGACAGGAGCGGUGAAAGCUUCCCUGGUGCCCCUUCCACAGAGCUCCCCGGCACCAACUUUCCCCCCUGCUCGCACUUCCCCUGCCCCGACGUCCAAGCAACAGGGAGGCCGAGUGCAGCUGGUCUAUCUCCCUGAAGGAUCUAUACAGCAGCUGAAUUCAGCAAACGCGGCCCGCAUCAUACCAACGUCCCGAGCCCCUCACAGAGCAGAAUCCCUAGAAGUUGUUCCUCCUCCACUUGCUCCUCAAGCCAUCCAGAGCAUUGAGUUUUCAGAUAAGCAGAAGCGUGAUCAUGAAGGCAGAAUUGUGCAAGGAGGAGUAAACAAUGCUUUGCCUAUGUCCCUGGUAACUGCGCAGGGGAAGGAGGGAGAUGCAUUAGAAAAGUUGCGUCUCUUGGAGACAGCUCUGUCUAGUUCAUCCCAAGAGGCCACUGUGAACCAACAGGAUGGACGUCUACCAAGAGUGUUUAUCGCCCCUUCACAUGUCCCACCACCCCCUGGCUAUGUAAAGAUUCCUCUAGUUCCCCAAAGUGGCUCAGGUGCACAAGACCCAAGAGGUUCUGCUCCUCUUCCUCCUACCUUCCUCACUCCCGAUAACCGCAAUCCACCUCCAGGAUUUGUUAAGUUUGACCUUCCUCCGGGUGUGAACCAGCUGUCACAGGAUAUCCCUGUGGUCGUCCCAAAUUCUCAGAUCGGGCCAAACUUCCAACCUGGACGCCCUGCCCUCUCGCCCUUCCCUGGCUUUACCCGACCAGAUGCCUCCAUAAACUUCCAGGCACAAGAUGAACGUGAUGCCAAAGCUUUUGGAACACCCCAAAGCAAGCCAUCAAUCCAGACCAUUCCACAAGGAGAAGCAAAGCCGAUCUCCCCAACGACCACUCCCAGACCUAGUCCAUUGCCCACCACUAGACCUCCAGUCCAGGCCAGACCUACAGCCUCCAGCCACAGCCGUUCCCUCCUCGCCAGCCAUUCCCUUUCCCCCAGCAGUUCCCCCCAAAUCCUAAUCAGCCACGUCCUUUCAACUCCAUACCAGGUCAACCACCUUUUACUGGAUUCCCUGGACAGCAAUUCCCUCAAACAAGCCAACUCUUCCCUCAGUCUGGUCAGCAAUUCAUUCAACCAGGCUGGGCAACCGUUCCCACAGGCUGGGCAACCAUUCCCACAGGCUGGGCAACCAUUUAGACAACCAGUACAGCCCUUCCCCCAAGCUGGCCAACCUUUCCCACGCCCUGGGCAGCCAUUCCCACAACCCGGUCAACCUUUCCCACAAUCCGGUCAACCUUUCCCACAAUCCGGUCAACCUUUCCCACAACCUGGUCAACCAGUCAUUCAGCCAGGACAGCCGAUUCUUCCUCCACGUCCAAACCAGAACCAAACUAUCUUUAGAGAACAACCCAUCAGGCCUGAUUUCCCUACAAUCAAUGGCUUCCAACCAAACUUCCCGGCCAUUUUCCCACCAAAUCCCUUCCAGCCUAGGAUACCCCAACAGCCUUCUCCACGGCCGCCAACACUACCUUCCCCACAGCCAGCACAGAACACCCCACGACCACCUGUCCAUCCAGAAAGACCCAGUCCAUCACCUUUCCCUACUACGACCACUGCAGCUCCUACAACAUUCCAUCAAACCACACCUAAAUCUGUUUUGGGGACGACUCCCCGACCCCAGCUAGUAUCUCAGACGUCAUCAAGACCUUUCCCUGACCCCUUCCGCCAUUACCUUCAGUGCCUGAAUCUUCCCCAAGGACCUUUCGAUUUCUCCCCAAGACCUUUUGAUUCCUCCCCAAGACCUUUUGAUUCCUCCCCAAGACCUUUUGAUUCCUCCCCAAGACCUUUAGAUUCCUCCCCAAGACCUUUUGAUUCCUCCCCAAGACCUUUUGAUUCCUCCCCAAGACCUUUUGAUUCCUCCCCAAGACCUUUUGAUUCCUCCCCAAGACCUUUUGAUUCCUCCCCAAGACCUUUUGAUUCCUCCCCAAGACCUUUUGAGUCCUCCCCAAGACCUUUUGAGUCCUCCCCAAGACCUUUUGAGUCCUCCCCAAGACCUUUUGAGUCCUCCCCAAGACCUUUUGAUUCCUCCCCAAGACCUUUUGAUUCCUCCCCAAGACCAUUUGAUUCUUCCCCAAGACCUUUCAAUUCCUUCUCAAGACCUCCUCCUCCAGGACCUUUCUCACCCUUCACAACAAGGCCUCUCCCUUCCCCGUCGCCUUUCCUCCCUCCAGCAUCAUUUCCACAAAUUCCAGGUUUCCAAGAGCCUGAGUCACCACAAAUUCCUUCAUUCCAAAGACCGCUAAGUCCUCCAACCCCAUUAUUUUCGACGUCCCCCAACCCAGAGAGCCGAUUCUCCCAAGGAACUCCAGCACCUGAAAUUUUGCCCCAAAAUUCACCUUUCCAAGAAACAAAAGUUCCUGAAGAUGAAAGAUUCAAGAAUCUUCAACUCCAAGAAUCCCAUCUUUCCAGGGUACUCCAGCUCCAAGAAUACCAAUAUUCCAAGGAACUUCUACACCUAACUUCCCAUCCUUCCAGGCAACAGGAGCACCUCAGAUUCCAUCCUUCCAGGCUACAGGGGCACCCCAGAAUCCAUCUUUCCAGACAACAGGGUCAGCUCAGUUUCCAUCCUUCCAAACAACUGAUGCACCACAGAUUACACCCUUCGAAGGCACUCCAGCUCCUAGAAUCCCAUCUUUCCAAGGAACAACAACUCCCGAAAUCCCAGCCUUUCCAGACCACUGGAGCACCUCAAAGAACAACAGUCCAGGAAAGACCUAGGAGACCUAAAUUCCCAUCCUUCCAGCGACCAAGGAUUACAACUGCUUCCCCUGAAGAAGAUCUGACAACCAUCCCAGAUGAGAACGAUUUUCUGACACCAGCACCCUCAACUUUCACAACCCCAACGCCACUAACUACAACCACUAUCAAGGUUACUACAUUCAAACCCAGAUUUAACUUUAAUGUUGGCAGUAGACGGCCAUUCAUUAGAAGAAAGCCUCGACCCACUCCUGUAAAUGAUGGAAAGAAGGACAAUGAGGAGAAAAAAGCUGAUGGUCUCAAGAAAACUGAAACUACCACUCUUUUCCCACCUUUCUCAGUCGCCCGCACUCUUAACCCACUUAGAAAAGAAGAAGAAAAUGCUGGAGAGAGUUCCUCUGCUAGUCAAGGAAUCACAGUUCCACCAUCAGGAGUGUUCGGAAGACGUCUUCGUCCCCGCACAAGGAAACCCUCAACCCAGUCUGAGGGAGAUUCUGACUCACCAGUCAGCACACCAGCCUUAAGUAACCGUGAUAGCCCUAGUGCAAGAACCCGCCAGUUGCCAGCAUGGUUGAAGUCCCGACGUCGUCUGCGUGGACGCUUCCGCAGCACCACAACAACAACUGAGCCUUCAGCACAGGAUAUUGAUUACAUUGAUGAUACUCCAGUUGACAUACUAGACAAUAAUGGAUUUAGUGGAGCCGAGUCGACAUUAGUGGUUUUCAGCCGUCCACCUCAAAAUGAGGUUGGAGAACAUUUUAUUGCUGAAGAUGCAGUCAAAACUCUUGCAGAAGAAGCUGAAGCUCUCAAGAAUGAGGAGGUUGAAGAAGCCUUAAUAGCUGCUGAGGAGGCGGUUCUAAGUUAUGCAGAGGAAGUUGAUGCAGAGUCUAAUCGUGAAGACGCCAUACACAACCUUGAAGAAAACGCAAAAAUAACAGAGACUGACGGUGAGGAACCACUGCCAGAACCAGAAGCAGAACCUCAUGAACCACAAGCAUCAUACGAGGACUACAAUGCUGAGACAACGGAUGUGGCUCCUGAACCAGAACCCGAACCAGAGCACCAAACAGAGUAUGUAACUGAGUAUAAUGAGUACAAGGACGACAAAGAGGACAACCUUGAGACGCUUCACACCCCUGACCAAACCAAUAGAAAUCCCCCUUCACUCCCCCAUACCCAGCCUGAUAGUCAUGCUUCCACUCACUCUCCUGCACAUGCACAACCUGCUGGUGGUUUUUACCAAAACACCUCAGUAGAAAACCCAACAAUAAAUUUGGUGGUAGAGCAUCCUGUAGAACACAUAGUAGAUGAAGUAGUUGAAGCUGUAGACGAUGCGUUAGAAGACAAUGAUAACCCCAUAGCUCUGCUUACAGAUACACCCUUCGACGACGUGACUGAGGUACCUGUACAGUACGACACUGAGCCUUCUCUAGAGUAUGAUUAUGAGUCAGUAACAGAACAGGCAAGUAGUUCCCAUGAAUUUAAUGAAACAGAAGUUGUUGAUGAGACCUUUCAUGUAGCUGGGCAGGAAGAGGGGGAGAAGGAGGGGGGAGAGGAAGAUGAUGAGCUAGAAAGUGAGGAGGAAGAGGAUGAGCUAGAAAGUGAGGAGGAGAACGAGCUAGUAAGUGAGGAGGAUGAGGAGCUAGAGAGCAAGGUGGAGGAGGAGAUGGGUGCUAAUGGGGCAAAGGCUCAUGCUGGAGAUGACUCGUACCAGCAAUACAUGACAGAGCCCCCAGAGGUUCUUUCACUUUUCCCUAACGAUUACUUCACUGCUCUCUCCCCAGGCGAAUCACAGAACUACGACUACUAUGAUGAAUACGACCACUAUGCUGAUGCGGACUACACGGUAGGAGUGGACCAGCGUUUCAGCGGCAGCAACGCGCAUGUGAUCUUCGCUGUGCCCGUCACUGAGUACAUUCCAGAAGACACAACACAGAUAAGCCUGGAUGAGGAAGCCACAGAAGAGGUCAUAGAUCAGGCAACAGAAUUCUUCUCCAUCACGGAGAACUUCGCAGAGGAGGCUGAUACCGAGGUCACAACCGAGGACACAGCAACAACAGAAGACGAUUCCAUGAUGAAGGAAACGAUGGAUGAACUGGUAUUAGAAAGAUCAGAAUCAACAACGCCAUUAGCUGACGAAUAUACCACACUAAAUCCCUUUGAAUCUGAUUCUGAUGCGAUAACCACAGAGCCUACAACCGAAUUGGGCACGAUCGACCUUGGUACCACCACGACAGCCCGACCUGCCUCCUUGCGGCCCCUCCACACCCGUCUCCAAGAAGUGGGCAAGAAAACUGUGCACCCAGUCGACAAGAAGGAUUCCCGCUCACCCAAAAUCCUGAGCGAAUCUACCAUCCGAGAGGUGCACGCCUCAGACCCAGUCGUCUGUUUCCGCGACAACCGCUGCUUCAGGACCAGGGGGCUCAGGCGACGGCGAGCUGCACGCCGCUCAGCCUCAGGUCCUGCUCUACCGCUCAGCCCCUGAGAGCCUGAGGCCAAAGGCUCAACGCUCACUCAGGCCUCAAUAAGUCCCGUGUUUCAUGCCAUCUUUUGAACCCAGUAUUUUAAGACGAUGAUAAGCCAAAAUCAAGUUAUCUUUAAGAUUAGGAGACAGGUAGCCGUAACAGCCUUGUACAUACAUAGUAUCAGUAUAGUUUAUUUGCACAUCAUCCCCUCUAUGUAUGCGCGAGUAACAUUCUAGUUGUACAUUUUAUAAUACAAAUAUGUGUGAAUUUGCAUAUGUAUAUAUACACAUACACACACACAGAUAUAUAUAUAU